AUGGCAAGUGCAAGAGGUUUAUACUUAUUUGUACUUCUGCUUAUGAUCGUUGUCGUGGUGGAAUGUAGGUGGCUCGGGACGUCAGAUGGGGUUGAUCGUGAGACCGAUAAUAUGAAUCAGGAAAAUGUCUCUUUUCUUGAAUUGGGGGUUUCUGACCCGGGGUCAUCGUAUACUUCUAAGUUGAGAUGUGAGAGCAUUUACGGGUUUUUGCCAUGUUCUGACACGGUGUUAGAAAGCGUGUUUCUCAUUAUAAUGUACUCAUAUGUGUUAAUGCUUGGAGAGGAGUGGCUACAUAAAGGAAGUGCAGCUUUACUUUUAUAUUUUCAGAAUCGGAGAAUGGCUGGUAGUGUCUUCCGAAUUCUUAUGGCCUUACCAAGGGUCUUCAUGGUCAUUGUAUCAGGAGCACUUUGUACAGAGUCUGAUGCUCGAAACCAGGUUGCUUUCGGAAUAGCAAUGUAUGCUGGAUCUACUGUUAUUACCCUAACCGGAAUAUGGGGAGUUAACGUAAUACUGAAUAAAGAGGAUUUAGCUAGUCAUUCAAAACCUACUACAGACAGUUCUGCAACUGGGCUCCCAAGUAAAAAGAGUAGUUUUUCAUUUCUCAAAGAUGUUGGUGUACAUUUAGACGAAGACACCCGUGGAAUGGCUUUUGUCUUUCUUCUGUCUUUAAUACCAUUUGCCGUUGUGAUUCAUCUCCAAUUAGUGUUUAGUGAUCGUGUGAUGGUUUCAGUUUCACUCAUUGUUACAGCACUAUCACUCUGUUCCUAUAUUGCAUAUCAGAUUAUAGAUACUGAUAUGCGCGCAAGGAGUGUGGCGUAUCUAAAGGAGGAGCAGUUUCAAGAAAAGUUUUUGACGAAAUUAUCAAAUCUUGCAAGUGAAUAUCUCUACAAGGAAGGCAAACCAAACAUAAAGGCCAUUGAAAGCAUAUUUAAAUCGUCUGGUGGUGAAGAUGAUUACCUGGAUCAGAAGGAGUUGGAGACGUUUAUACGCAAAAAUAUUGAUGAUGAAAAUGAUGACAUUAGUAUCGCGUUUCAAGUGAAGGAAAUUAUUAGGCACUUUGACACUGAUGGUAAAGAAGGAAUAUCAAAGGCGGAAUUUGUACAAGGAUGCACAAAGUGGCUUAACAAGUGGAAUGCACCCGGGUUAUCCAAUUCACACAGUCGCGUCAACGAGUUCGUGGCUGUCAAAAAACUUGAAGAUUACACUGUCAUGCCAAAAAACUUGUACAAGCCUCUUAUCAGCAAUUUGCGUGGGAAUGGAAAUGGAGAAGUUCUUGACGAAGAAACAAUAGAGAAAUUGUUUAGUGAAUAUGAUGAGGAUAAGAAUGGAGAAAUAAACUCUGCUGAAUUGGAAAGAGCAAUUGUGAAGUUAGGCAUUCAUAAACACGAUCCAAAAGGUUUUGCAAAAAGUAUAAUUGAAGACGCAGAUGCAGAUCAGUCAGGUUCAAUCAACAAGGAAGAAAUCAAGAAUCGCUUGAAAAAAUUGACGGAAAUGGCAAAUGAGCAUGCUUCGGGUAACAAUGAUCUCCUCAAGUUUAUUCAACAGUUCUCCAAUGUAAGAUAA